AUGGCACAGCGGGGACGGCAAAGGACCAAUCCCGAUCUUUCUGCAACACAUUCAACGACGGUGUCGACGCUUCUCUUCGCGCCAGUGGACGACGAUGACAACGAUACCAUGAGCUCGCUCUCACUUCAUGAUGAUUCCCGUUCGACAGCACAGCAGCUUAAUAGCAACACUGAUAGUACCCAUUCACCAUACAUACAUACAACCCACCAGGCGAUAGCUUCAACGUCCACGUUCAACGUUGGUGUACAACCUACAUCUGUCGCGAACGCUCCAGCUGCGAGCUCAACAUCAACUCAAACAAUGCCUGGUACACCUCGCGCCGCCGCUUCUCGAAGACCUUCUUCUUUACGCCACACCUCCACCGCGGUUCCCGCUGAAUCUAUCUCCUCCUCCAAACGGCGUGCCUCUUCUCCUUCUGCCAAGGAAGGUAAAUACUCUUCAAAAACCCAACCGCGCAUUCGCGCUACCCCACGUCUGCCACACUCCGACGAUCCCCCUGCACCUGCAACCGCGCCCUACUGGUCACAAGCUCCAAUUCAUGGUAUGCUCCCCAUGCGUGCGUUUAGGGCUCAUACGGUCACCCUUGUAGACCAUGUUGCCUGGUUGUUCGGAGGAUGUGAUGAUAAAGGCUGUUGGAAGGAUGUGUACUGUUUUGAUACCGAUACAAUGCACUGGUCACAUCCUGACACCAUCGGUGACGUUCCACCACCUUGCCGCGCCCAUACUGCUACUCUUGUCGACCGUAAAAUCGUGAUUUUCGGUGGGGGCCAAGGCCCAGUGUACUACGACAGUACAUAUAUAUUUGACACUACUACGCGUUCCUGGUUCUGUCCCUUGUUUCCUCACUCCCAAUCCCCGUCGCAGAACCCCGAAACGAAGUCUGAAUUGCUCUCUCCCGCAGUGCAAUCACAGAAUCCUCCAGAUAGGCCCCUUCACCCAGCACCGCGUCGUGCCCAUACCGCUGUACUCUAUAAUGGCAAGAUCUACAUCUUUGGGGGAGGAAAUGGCCUCACAGCCCUCAACGAUUUAUGGGCGCUUGAUGUCUCUCGGUUAGAUCCUACUUCACAAUCUACGUACUCAUACGGUGGUGGCUCCUUUGGCGGCUCGGGCGCAAGCGGCGGGCUUCGUUGGUCCCUCGUCGAAACGCAGGGUGAGCCGCCCGUACCAAGAGGAUACCACACUGCCAAUUUAGUAGGGAAUGUUAUGAUUGUGGUCGGAGGGAGCGAUGGGAGAGAAUGUUUUUCAGAUGUAUGGUGUUUACGCCUUGUCCUGAUUGUUAAGCUUGUUUUCCCGACAGAUUCUCUCGUUUGGACCCGUCUUAAUCUCCCUCUCUCUCCCCGACGGCUUUCGCAUACCUCUACGCAAGUUGGAAGCUGCCUUUUCAUUGUGGGCGGACACGACGGCGGGGCGUAUAAAGACGAAGUUGUUUUGUUUAACCUUGUGAACCUCCAAUACGAACCACGAAUAGUGAAAGGGAAACCCCCUUCCGCGCGCGGAUACCAUGCGACGAUCCUUGCAGAUAGCAGAUUGUUUGUUUUUGGAGGGUUCAAUGGUCACGAGGUUUUCGACGAUGUUCAUAUCCUUGAUCUUGCAGGUGCUGCAUAUUUACCACAGGUGAUGAGCUUCCGGGUUGAUGUGUAG